UCCCGCUCCAGAACUCCGCGCGCGCCUCUCCGAGCGCUCCAGUCUGGUGACGAUCGCGACCCUGCGGUUGACGCGCCACGCGCACGGAAGGUUAUCGGGAUGCGAUCGGGACCGAUCGCAGCGCACACAGGACUCAGUCGGGAUAAUUUCCAUCGUUUGAUCUCAUUCGGCCUUCCUGUCGACUUCUGCGGGUGAAAGCGCGCGCGCGCCCGCCCGCCAGCCCGCCACUAUGGCUUGGAGCUCGCGCUCGGGUCUCGCGCUGCCGCCGCUGCUGCUGUUGCUGCUGUGUCUGAGCGGCGGUGCGCGAGCGUUCGGCACAGGCGGCGCGGAGGAGGAAGAGGAGUCGGAGUCCGCGUGCGAACCGAUCCGCAUGUCCAUGUGCCGCGAUCUUGGCUACAAUGUAACGCGCAUGCCGAACCUGGUGGGCAACGUUCUGCAGGCGGACGCGGAGUUACAGCUGUCCACUUUCACCCCGCUCAUCCAGUACGGCUGCGCCAAACAGCUGCGGUUCUUCCUGUGUUCAGUCUAUGCCCCGAUGUGUACGGAGAAGGUCCCAGAGCUGAUUGGUCCAUGUGGCAGCAUGUGUCUGUCCGUGCAGAGGAAGUGUUUGCCCGUGCUGCAGGAGUUCGGAUUCACGUGGCCUGACCUGCUGAACUGCAGUUUGUUUCCACCCACGAACGAUCACUCCCACAUGUGCAUGGAAGGGCCGGGUGAGGAGGACGAGGACGAUGUGCGCUUUCCAUCGGUGCGCACUCUGCAGCCACGUCACGGCCUUGACGCCGAGUGCAUCCCUCUUGACCAUGACCCCAGUGAUGACCUGACUCCCCCGGACCGCUAUGUGUGGUCCAAGCGCAGUGGUUCCUGUGUGCUGCAGUGCGGGUACGACUCUGGAUUAUACAGCCGUUCGGCCAAGACGUUUGCUGAUGCUUGGAUGGCACUGUGGGCGGGGCUUUGCUUCGUAUCCACGUCCUUCACGGUGUUGACGUUCCUGCUGGACUCGGCAAGGUUCUCUUACCCAGAGCGUCCAAUUGCAUUCCUAAGCGUUUGCUACAACGCAUACAGCGCUGCCUUUCUGGUGUUGCUUGCAGCUGGACGUGAGCGCGUGUCAUGCGAUGCUGAUGAGGCUGCCGUCCCCAUCCUAGCGAGAGAUGGUUUAAAGAACUCGGGUUGUGCUGUGGUCUUCUUGUUAGCUUACUUCUUUGGUAUGGCAAGCUCUGUUUGGUGGGUGAUCCUCACACUAACGUGGUUCUUAGCUGCAGGACUUAAGUGGGGACACGAGGCUAUUGAGAUGCACAGCUCCUACUUCCACGUGGCAGCAUGGGCCAUCCCAGCAAUCAAAACCAUUGUGGUGCUUGUCAUGCGCCUGGUUGAUGCAGAUGACCUCACUGGCCUGUGCUACGUCGGCAACCAGAACCUGGAGGCACUCACAGGUUUUGUGGUGGCACCACUGUUUACUUAUUUGGCAGUUGGGACACUGUUUAUUGCCGCCGGACUUGUCUCGCUGUUUAAGAUCCGGUCUAACUUGCAGAAGGACGGUGCCAAAACAGACAAGCUGGAGCGACUUAUGGUGAAGAUCGGUGUCUUCUCCGUGCUCUACACUGUCCCGGCUUCUUGCGUUGUCGCGUGCUACUUCUACCGUGUCUCAAAUUGGUCUGACUUUCAGCAAGCACCAAGUGACUCAUACGCCGCAGCUGAGAUGCUCAGGAUCUUCAUGUCGUUGCUCGUGGGCGUAACUUGUGGCAUGUGGGUGUGGUCUGCCAAGACACUGCAGACCUGGAAACGCCGCUGGAUGCGCCUUCUCUGCCCCCAGAACAACACACGACGGACCCACAUCAACAAAAAUGGCAGUGGGAAAGGGAAUGAGACUGUGGUGUGAGGUGGUGAGAAACUGUUUGACAUAGACAGAGUGACAUCUGGUGGACACUUGCUGUCACUGCGCCUCUUACUGCUUCAUUGUGAACAAAUUUCGGCAGAUUUUUUUUUUACACUGGACAAUAUGGCGCGGUGGAAAAACAUGCAGGAAGAAACAAAAUGAAGUUUUGACAGGAAGCUGUGUGAUGGCAGGAUAUAGCAGGGUUACUUCUCCAGUUCUGGUGAAUAGACAAUGUGCUGACCGAAGUGCCUUGUUUCUCAGACCUCCUGCCACUCCUCACGUUGUGGUAGCUUUCAUCAACAAUGCAGCAAAGACACCUGGGAAAUUGAGUUUCCUUUCUCAGUAAACAGCACCAUUUACCUCGCAUCAAGACCACAGCCAUUCGUCCUCUGCAUUCGGAAUCUAAUGCAAAAUGGCGCCCUAUUUGUGAUCUCUUUAGUCAUUAGCACUAUGUAGCACUGAUUUGGGAAGCAGAUUGAAUGAUGUGACAUUGAUCUAUUCUCAGCUCCACACUCUAUUUAUUAUGUAGUUCACAUAAAAACUUUGAACAUCAUCAGUCCAUCGCGGACAUCAUUUCUAUGCAGAGCAUUAUGAGAUUCUGUUUGUGCAUGAGAUGUGGUCCAGAUAGUAGGAACAGUUAAACUCUCCGUUUAGAGUUCUUGAUUAUUAGUUGUUUUUUUUUAAACAAAUACCAUCUAUUUUUCCUAGCAUAUUGAAUAUUAUAAUGGCUACCUUAUAGAAUUAUUCCCCAAAUUUGGGUGAAAAUCUUAAUAUACUACAUAGACAAAAGUAUUUGGCCAAACCUGAUAAUUAUUGAAUUCUUCUUCUUGAAUUUUUGGUGUAUAAAUAAAGCCCCUUAUCCCCAGUGAAGGGCAAUCUUAAUGCUUUAGGAUACCAAGACAUCUUGGAAAAUGCUAUGCUUCCAACUUUCUUCCAACAGUUUUGGGAAGGCGCUUCCAUUCCAACAUGCUUGUGACUCGGUGCACAAAGCAAAGACAAUAAAGACAUGGUUUGAUGAGUUCGGUAUGGAAGAACUUAACUGGCCCGAACAGAGCCCUGAUCUUAUCCCUAACAAGCAUAAAUGCUCUACAGAAUAAUUGGGCACGAAUUCCCACAGAAACACCCAGAAAUCUUGUGGACAGCUGUUAUAGCUACAAAACGGGGACCAACCCCUAUUAUUAUUUGGAUACGUAUAUCUCAUUGCAGGUUUUCCCAAAUACUUUUGUCCAUAUAGCCUAUAAGGGUCUGAUGAUGCGCUGUAGCACCCCCUAAUGGGAGCAGCCGAAAGAACACCAACUAAAAUAUACCCCAUGAUCAGACCUAGGAGAUUUAGUGACCCAAAAA